AUGACCACCACUUCUCCGUUCCUGCGUUUGCCCGCAGAGCUGCGCGUCCAGAUCUACGGGUAUCUGUUACCUUGCACUACCCGUGUCCCCUACAAGCACGACCACGGGCUCAUAUGGCUGCGCGGCUGCAUCUCUCUCCUGGCCGUGAACCGCCAGAUUUCCGAAGAGUGCCUUGACCUUCUAUACGGCCAGAACAUCUUCGUUAUCGAGAUCAGCUACAACCGGAUCGACUUUCGCUUUAGGUGGCUGCUCGCCAACGGCCUAACUCCGAACGCUUCGUACUCUUUUCUCGAUCAUUUCUCCCAGCAAAACCUGCAGCGCAUCCGGAAAUACCUGAUACACGUAGAGCUCGUCGACAGCUACACGGGGAUGAUCAAAUACAAUUGCGGUGGCAGUGGGCUGUAUGCAGGACUCAGGGAACAGGUCCGCCGUUUGGUCGAGGCCCUGAGAUGUGCGGGGGAACUGCGGGAACUCGAGUUAUGCUUCGUCGAUGGACAAAAGAACCCGGUUGCUUCCCAGGUCGUUCUGGAGCCGCUGCUCCUACUCAGGGGCGUGCAGAACGUAAUCCUUGCAGGAGGCGUGACACCAGACUUUGCGAAUCGCCUGCAGCGCAGGAUGAAAGAAGGAGGUGAACGACCGGCAAUGCACCGGCCGCGCAUCCCAUUUGUGCCUGAACGUCGUUCAGCGCCUCCGCUACUUGAGAAAAUACUGCUAGCCAGCUGA